UCCCAAAGCCUCUAUCUUUUGCUCCGAUAAUUCUCUCCGGUGGCUCCGGCGGAGGGACAUAGGUUAAGGUUAAAGGUAGAAACCCGAAGGUUGCUCAGAAUCGAAUGGAUGGUGUGGGGUCCGCGAGGCUGGGGCGGUUGUCGGCCAGGUACGGUUCGUCGGCGGUGUUCAACGGGCCUGUGAGGAAGUGGAAGAAGAAGUGGGUACACGUCUCGCCUCCAUCGACUGUUAGUCACCAAAACUCCCAGUCCCAUGCUCACAACGGAAACAACAGUAGCAGCAACAUCCUGCUCUGCAGGUGGACGCCACUUCCCACCUCAGACUCAGCCUCCGGCGCCGCAGAGGAACCGCCUAAGCGCAAGUUCCGCUACACCCCAGUUGCAGUGCUGGAAGAAGAGCGAAAAAGGGCAAUCAAACAGGUUGAGGAUGAAGGUAAGACAAAAGAGGAUUCCCAAUCCCAACACUCAGAUUGGUUAUCACCCAAGGGUGACAAGGUGAACAUCAACAGAGAUUUGAAGCAAGAAAAUCAGCAUUCAAACAUGGGUCACUUGGAUUUAGGACUGUGUUUGAAAGGUCAAAAUGGCAACGGCCACAACAAAGACCAGGGAAAGACAGCAGGCUCAGACGGAUUCUGGAAGAUGGAUCAACAAUAAAUCGGAUUUUGCCAGUCAAUGCUUGUGGAUACUUGCCUUGUAAUUAAUUUCGUAGAAUAUAGUAUUAGGCUUAAUUUGUGGCAGUUAGCACAUAAUAUUAAUAGUCAUCUAAUGAAAACUUGAUGUCGUUCCUGUAAUGGUAACCUUUAAACUUCAAUAUGUUAUCUUUACCUACGCAACAACAGUUUUUCUGUAAUCUGAUCACCAGGGCAGAUGGUUCAUAGAAAUUAUCUUUUUAUCUCUGCAGGGUGUGGAUCUGAUUAUUGCAAUUAUUACCAUCACGAACGGUAUUACGCAAACUGGAAAGCUCAGCAAGUGCACAUUUCCACAUUUUA